AUGAAUUUCGGGAGAGGGUUCAAACAAGGUCGAGGAACCGGAGACUCAGGUCAAUCAUCGCUAUACAAUAACGAACGGCGCUGGAAGGAUGACGAUUCUUUCAAUGCUCUUGGAGCAACUGACGAACUUUCUUCUUUUCUUGGAGUUUGUGGAGCCUCCGCUCAAAACGACGGAGAGAUGAACGAUGUGGUAGAAACACUAACGAGACUUCAAUGUUGCCUACAGGAUGUUGGUGCGCAUCUUGCGACACCUCCUAAGAAUUCCUCGGAGAGAAAACAAAAAAAAACUGCCUUCGAUGUGUCGAUGGUGGAAUGGAUCAAUGCUGAAAUCGAUCGAUACGGAGACGAGUUGCCGGGAAUUCGUCAAUUCAUUCUCUCUGGUGGAGGAGUUACUUCAGCCAAUCUGCAGUAUGCAAGAGCUGUUUGUCGUCGUGCAGAGAGAAGUGUUGUUCCUUUGAUAAGAGAGGAAAAUGUUGAUCCGAUGGCCUUGAAAUUCUUGAAUAGAAUGAGCGAUCUUCUAUUCGUCCUUGGUCGUACUGCAUGUAUGCGUAACAAAAAUGAAGAAUUAACUUACCUCCGUCCCGAUUCAUUCACAAACAUGAAAUGGGAUCGUAAAUCCCUUCAUGACAAGAAGAAAUGA